AUGGCUCCAGGGCCUCCGCAGCAGGCGCUUGUCACGCCCCUCCAAGAAUCUCGACGUCUCCCUGGUGGAGCAGCACCAGGAGCUGAAGGCGGAGGCGGACCUCGAGGAGAUUUGCCGGACGCGGAGGAUCCAGAUGAGGCAGAGGACGCAGAGGACGCAGAGGACGCAGAGGACGCAGAGGACGCAGAGGACGCAGAGGACGCAGAGGACGCAGAGGAGGAGGCAGAGGACAGCCAGUUGACGGAGGCUUCAACAUCACAGGUGUCUGACUAUGGCCCCGUGGGCGUGCUGGUGCGGUGCCGCCCCCUGACGAAGGAGGGCCGGCGGAUUUCACUCUCCACGGCCCGCCAGAAAGCUAAGGUCAAGCUUCGCCUUGAAGACGAGCAAGACAGGACGAAAGGACCGCGAAGUUUCAGCUGCAACGGAUUCGUGGAUGAAACUGGUGGCCAGGAGGAGGUUUUCGAGCAUUGCGCUCCAGUUGUUGACAGGGUGAUGGAGGGCUACAAUGGUGUGGUGUUUUGUUAUGGAAUUACAGGUUCCGGCAAAACCCACACGAUGAGUGGGCCGCCCAAGGAGCCCAUCUCCAAGCAGGUGAAGGAGCCCCAGCCGCCAGAGGUGGUGGCGGCGCAGCAGGGCGUGGUUCAGCGCGCUGCCAAGCGCAUCUUCGAGUUCAUCCGGGACAGAAGUGCCCUGGGUGAAGUUUUCACAGUGGAGGCGUCGUUCCUUGAGAUCUACUCACCAGAUGGAAUGAGAGAGAACUUGAUUGACCUCCUGGCCAGCAAGUCAGAGGAGGAGGAAAGCUGGAGUUGA